UCCCGUGCUGUCGUCAUCACGUCGACCGGAGGUAGCGCCGCGUCCUGGGCCACGCCUUCCCAGCGCGCCGCCGCGCCUCCCCGGUUACUAUGCGGCCUUGGAUACCUGGCCGCGGGCUGCUGGGUGGCGUCAGGUGAAGGGGGUCCCUGGGCCUCAGGUAACCAUGGAGAAAGACCUGCGGAGCACCAUUCUUUUCAAUGCCUACAAAAAGGAGAUAUUUACCACCAACAAUGGCUAUAAAUCCAUGCAGAAAAAACUUCGGAGUAAUUGGAAGAUUCAGAGUUUGAAAUCCUGAAGAAAUACCUUGACAGCGGUGGAGAUAUCCUUGUGAUGCUAGGAGAAGGUGGAGAAUCCAGAUUUGACACCAAUAUUAACUUUUUACUAGAAGAAUAUGGAAUCAUGGUUAAUAAUGAUGCUGUGGUUAGAACUGUAUAUCAUAAAUAUUUCCAUCCCAAAGAAGCUCUAGUUUCCAGUGGAGUCUUGAACAGGGAAAUUAGCCGAGCUGCAGGAAAGGCUGUGCCUGGAAUCAUUGAUGAGGAAAGCAGUGGAAACAAUGCCCAGGCUCUCACCUUUGUAUAUCCUUUUGGUGCCACAUUGAGUGUCAUGAAACCAGCAGUGGCUGUUCUGUCUACAGGCUCUGUUUGCUUCCCACUUAACAGACCCAUUCUGGCUUUCUAUCACUCAAAGAACCAAGGUGGGAAGCUGGCAGUGCUUGGUUCAUGUCACAUGUUCAGUGACCAAUAUUUGGACAAAGAAGAAAACAGCAAAAUCAUGGAUGUUGUUUUCCAGUGGCUUACAACAGGAGACAUCCACCUAAACCAGAUUGAUGCUGAGGACCCAGAGAUUUCUGACUACGUGAUGCUGCCCCACACAGCAACCCUAUCAAAGCGGAAUCGGGAAUGUCUCCAGGAGAGCGAUGAGAUCCCGAGGGACUUUACCACCCUCUUCGACCUGUCCAUCUUCCAGCUGGAUACAACCUCCUUCCAUAGCGUCAUCGAGGCUCACGAGCAGCUAAACGUGAAACAUGAACCGCUCCAGCUCAUCCAGCCUCAGUUUGAGACGCCACUGCCAACCCUUCAGCCUGCGGUUUUUCCUCCCAGUUUCCGGGAGUUACCACCACCUCCUCUGGAGCUAUUUGACUUAGAUGAAACGUUCUCCUCUGAGAAGGCACGGCUUGCUCAGAUUACCAAUAAGUGUACUGAAGAAGACUUGGAAUUCUAUGUCAGGAAGUGUGGUGACAUUCUUGGAGUGACCAGUAAACUACCAAAGGACCAACAAGAUGCCAAACAUAUCCUUGAGCACGUCUUCUUCCAAGUCGUGGAGUUCAAGAAAUUGAACCAGGAACAUGACAUUGAUACAAGUGAAACAGCAUUCCAGAGCAAUUUCUGAAGACCCCAUGCCUCUUGAAGCUUCUUCUGCCUCCUGAUUCUCUCUUUGUAAACUAUUUUCAAAUUGUUCCUCAACUCCUUAUCAAAAUUGUUUAUACACUCUUUCCUCCAUGAGCUGUGGAAGGCCUGUGCAUCUCUGUAAUACACAGAUAGGUAUAAGAUUUUUCACAAAAUCCUUAUGUAAGAUAGAUUCCAUUUUUUAAAAUUAAAUAUAUGGUUGCAUCUGUCUUUUUAUACCCUAUGAAA